AUGUCGCAGCAGAAGCAAAAGUUCCAGGAGUCCAAUCCUUCCGCCAGGUGGCGCCUGGAAGGACACCAAAGAAGUGCCAUCGCCUCCUUUUUCGGCGAACUUGUGGCCACGGGCGUCUUCGUUUUCGUGGCCUGCAUGGGCUGCGUGGAGACUCCCGUCUUCCAGAACUCGCACUUCCGCAGCGGCCUCACCUUCGGCCUGGCCAUCCUCAUAGCCAUCCAGUGUUUCGGUUCCGUUUCCGGUGCCCACUUGAAUCCUGCCAUCACCCUGGCCGCCUGGCUCUACGGCGUGAUCGGUUGGAUGAAAGCCAUCGCCUACUUUGUGGCCCAGGCUGCCGGAGCCUUGAUCGGCUAUGGUCUGUUGGUGGCCGUUCUGCCGGAGAGUUCUAUCAAGGGAGUGGACAACCCAGCGGGUGUUUGUGUAACUGUUUUGGCCCCUGAAAUCAGUGUUCUCCAGGGAGUGUUCAUCGAGUUCCUCAUCACCUGCUGCCUGGUAAUGGUGGCCUGUUCGGUGUGGGAUCCUCGGAAUGUCAAGUUCCAGGACUCGGUGGCAGUGAGAUUUGGUCUAACAGUUUCCUGUCUGAUCCUCACAGCGGGUCUCUUCACGGGAGCCAGCAUGAAUCCGACGAGGUCUUUGGGUCCCGCUGUUUGGAACAACUCCUGGGCUCAUCACUGGAUCUACUGGGUGGGUCCUUUGGUGGCAGGGGCGGUGACCUCGCUGAUCUACAAAAUGGCCUUCAAGGGCGAUGAAGUCAUCGAGCUGAGGAGUUCCGAUGCCAAGAUACGGAUGAUCGGGGAGAUUGUAGUCCAAUAG